AUGGACAUAGUACACGGCAAGGAGCUACACUAUAAGGAGCUUAGUCUCAAGCAUCGAGGUAGCGGCCUAGCAUUCAAAGAUCUCUUCCUCGGUGAGGAGAAUACUCCUGAGAACUAUCUUUUCACCAUCGGGCGCCAAAGCGCUUUCUCCUCGCCCAUUCACAAGCAUACCUUCGAUCAGUUCCGGUACGCAUACCGUGGUGACGUAUCUAUUGCACCAGAUCUUCUUCUUCGCGAGGGAGAGUUGUGCUACCACCCAGAGGGCGUUCUUUAUGGGCCACAGCUCGAUAAAGGGGGCGAGCGCGAUGUGUUAGUUCUACAAUUCGGGGGCGCCAGUGGCCAAGGAUACCUCAGCUUUGCACAGAUUACAGAAGGUCAAGAAAAGUUGAAAGAGAGCGGCCGAUUUGAAAAUGGCAAAUUUCACCCUGCAGAUGGAGGGGAGCCAAUGGAUGGGUAUGAGGCUCUUUGGCAGAGCUACUCAGGUCGCCCACUCGAGUAUCCUGCUGCAAGAUAUCACUCGGUGAUUGUUGCAAAGCCAGAUAACUACUCUUGGGUGCCUUUGGUUGCAACAAGCAACGUUUUCACGCGAACGCUUGGUGUCUUUACAGAGCGGCAGACCAAGGCCGAUAUGAUCAAGAUCGGAGCUAACGGAAGGAUUGAGAUACCCGGUGAAAAUGCUAUCCAGCUGCUAUUUGUGCUAAAGGGUCAAGGUAAAGCCAAUGAGACCUCAUUGGAGGCGGAAUCUGCCGUUCGAUUAUUGCCCGGAACUGGCGUUCUUCUCUCUGCGGAGCAUGGUAUGGAAUUGCUUCGUUUUGUUCUUCCUAUGCUCCAUGGUAAAGGUUGGCCAAUGAUUAGUACCUACUAG